AUGGUUCCAACAUGGCGAGACGCCAGCGUGUCGCACCUCUACACGGCGGGCGUCGUCGGUGUUGGUGCCUCGUUCAUGCUGCUUUCUGGCAUCAAGGUAGCAUGCGCACUUUUGCAGUCGUCAGCGCAACCGGAAGCCGCAGAUGGAAGCUCUACCACUCCAUCGCAAUCUCGACCUGAAUCCAAUUCUUUGGUCUCGAAUGGCACCGAGCGACGCACCAAGCAGGGCAAGACCACCGAUGAGAGCACUGUACAGGUUACCUACCCUAUCACCGUUGAAAUGUGCGACAAUGCGUUUCACUCGGGUGAUUCGAUCAAGAAUCGCUUCUCCUUCGAUUCGAAGGAAGCAACCGUAGGAACUUCGCCCAAAAUCCGUGCUGGUGCGCUCUUCAAGCUCAUCGAUGUAGUGGCAGGUGUAUCGGCACGCAAACACGCCGAGCUCAGUUGUGUUACUAUCAGCGUCGACUCUGUGCUUCUUCUAGCGCCUAUAUAUUUGGGCGAUCUUGUACAUCUCUCAGCUUCGGUCAACCGUGCUUGGGGAAGCAGUCUUGAAGUCGGCGUUCGCGUGGUCAAGGAGGAUCCACGCUCCGGUGCCCGAGAAUACGUCAGUCACGCAUACAUGACGUUUGUAGCUGUAGCUUCCCCCACAACGGCAACAUCGAAUUCCGCAUCUCAACCUCCUGCUCGCGUCCGACUCGCUUCACGCCCUAGCCUCGCUCCCACCUCUCUAUGGCAGCAACUCACCUCACUUCUUACCAAGGCGGAUCAGCCGGCGAAGGCACCCAAACCGCAACUUUUGCCGCUGCUGCCGAGCACGCCGCUCGAAGCGAGAAGGCACAUUCUUGCUGGACGUCGCCGUUCCAAACGUAUCGCCAUGGCUCAAAAGGGGGAAGCUCGCGACGGCGUCUCAACACAAGUCAAACAGAGGUUAAAGCAAGAAGUGCAGGAAAUCUCGCGUACAGGCGGCAAGUGGUCCGGCUCAGCAGACAUAGAUGCGGGUGCAUGGACGCCGGGUAGGCUCAAAAUUGAGAAGGCUGAUUUGCUCUCUUCAGCGAUCGGCAACGACGUGUCAGCCAUCCAAGGCGCAAAGACAUCGCAAGAAUGUCAGCUCGAAGCUCUCGAGCUUGAGUUUGUCGUACAGGCCUACGUCUCUGGGGAUCCUGCUGUCACGAUCAAGAACGACGAAGAAAUAGUCGAAAUUAAUUUGGCCGGCGAUAUCCCCCUCCGACAUCCUCUCAAGGUGGUCGAAAGGCUGGCGCGACAGCUUGAAAAGGAGCAACUGCAAGCAGUUGAGGCAGCUUCAUCCACACCAGUUUCGAUAUUUGCAGCCAAAAUCCCAGAAUCUGGCGCAGUACCAUUGUCUUCGCCAAGUGCACCCAGAACCGCUCCGCGCGAUUUUGCGGCAGCAGCAAUGGUUAGUUCACCACCUCUGACCCCUGCCUUUCGACGCAGAUCCAUCUUCUCGCCGCUGAAACCUGCACAAGAGCGAGAAGGUGACACUGACCUAGAUCAGUCGCUCGCAGGCACCCCGGUGAAGACCCAAACGGCGCACGACAUCACUCGCGCCAGACUGGCUUCAAAGCUCUCCAAACCGAUCAAGGUUGCCAAGACGAUGGCUCGAACGCUCCAUCUUGUCUUUCCAGAACAUACUAACUCUGUUGGAGUGCUCUUUGGAGGUCAGCUCAUGGACUGGAUGGAAGAAGCAGCUUUGCUCUCUGUCCGUCACGUCGGCCGAGGCCGACGCUGGGGAACGGUCUCGUUGGACGGGUUGGAGUUUGAACAGGCAGUUGCGGUAGGCGAGAGCAUGACAUUCACUGCAGUGGUCGUGCGCACCUUUGUUCAGUCGUGCGAGGUGUUUGUUCUAGCCGAGGCCGAGUCACGGAACGGUACAAAGAGGAUCACAAAUGAUGCUUUGUUCACGCUCGCUUUUCCCUUGGACGAGUCGGAAAUUUUGUCUCCAGUGAAGGAGGGGAGUAGAUUCAGGCUGCUCAGACAAGUAGACAUGCCACCAGACUCGGCGCUGGCAGCGUUCGCUGACGUCGCAGUCAAACGCCGAGAGACUAGGUUGGAGUUGAAGCAGAUGCUUGUGAGGAUCUAUUCAAAUCCUAGCUGA